UUACGAGACCGGCUUUAGGACCCCGGCGGGGGGGACCGUGGACCAGGGAAAGGGUUGGGUUGGUCGGAGAGUGCCCGUGAGCCCGGAGCGGCGGUGGCGUAGUGAGCGAGCGAGCCCGGGAGCUAAGCGGGCGGUGGAGGAGGAGCCGAGGGCUCGAUUCUCUAACCAUGGCACAGGUAGAAAAACGAGGAGGUUUGCUUCGGAAAUCUUCAGCCUCCAAAAAGCCACUGAAGGAAAAAGUGGUGUUGAUGUAUGAUGAGAUCUUCAUGACAGAAGACCCCAGUAAGUGUAGUCCUCGGUUUUGGGAGGAGCUUUUUCUCAUGAAGGUGAAUUUAGAGUAUCUAGAAGGGAAGUUGGAGUCUCUUGAUGGUGAGGAGUUAAUGAAGAUCAAGGACAAUAUUAAUUGCUUAUUUCAACACUGCAUCCAGGCUCUAGGAGAGGAGCAUCCAAUUCGAGUUGUCAAUGCAUUGCAGGUACAAGACUGGGAGAUUGGUGAAGUCUUAGUUAACAAGAAAAAUAAAUUGAACUUGAUGGAGAGUUUGGAUUCAUUGCUUUGUGCAGAAGGUUCUGAGAGUCUGAAGAGUUUAUGUCUAAAACUUCUCCUUUGCUUAGUGACUGUGACAGAUAAUAUCAGCCAGAACACUAUCUUGGAGUAUGUAAUGAUUAAUAGCAUAUUCGAAGCAAUUCUACAGAUACUUUCCCAUCCCCCAAGUCGUAGGGAGCAUGGGUAUGAUGCUGUUGUCCUCUUGGCUUUGCUGGUAAACUACAGAAAAUAUGAGUCUGUAAAUCCUUAUAUCGUGAAGCUAUCUAUUGUGGAUGAUGAGGCCACGCUUAAUGGAAUGGGGCUUGUAAUUGCUCAGGCUUUAUCUGAGUACAACAGGCAAUAUAAAGAUAAGGAAGAAGAACACCAGAGUGGUUUUUUCUCUGCUUUAACAAACAUGCUGGUUCUGGGGUUGAGGGAUUACGCAGUGGAUCUGAGCCAUUCCUCUAAACACUUAGAGUCUGGGUUGAGAGGUUCAAGGAUUAGGGAAGUUAUUGGUCUGGUUUGUAAGUCUCCAAGAACCAAUGAGGCCAUUCUUCUGGCACUUUAUGAAGCUGUUCAUUUAAAUCGCAACUUCAUCACAGUAUUAGCUCAGAGUCAUCCAGAAAUUGGCUUGGUGACAACCCCUGUCAGCCCUGCUCCAACAACCCCAGCCACACCACUUGGGACCACACCACCCUCCUCUGAUGUUAUAAGUUCUGUGGAACUCCCACUGGAUGCAGAUGUACAAACCAGUAAUCUACUGAUAACCUUCUUAAAGUAUAGCUCAAUUGUCAUGCAGGACACCAAAGAUGAACACAGGCUUCACAGUGGCAAACUCUGUCUGAUUAUCCUUACAUGUAUUGCAGAGGAUCAGUAUGCCAAUGCAUUUUUGCAUGAUGACAACAUGAAUUUUCGAGUAAACUUACAUAGAAUGCCUAUGAGACAUAGGAAGAAGGCUGCAGACAAGAACCUUCCCUGUCGUCCAUUAGUAUGUGCAGUACUGGACCUGAUGGUUGAGUUUAUUGUAACACACAUGAUGAAGGAGUUUCCUAUGGAUCUCUAUGUACGCUGCAUUCAGGUGGUACAUAAACUGCUUUGCUACCAGAAGAAGUGUCGAGUACGCCUGCAUUACACCUGGAGGGAACUCUGGUCAGCCUUGAUAAAUUUGCUGAAGUUCCUUAUGUCAAAUGAGACUGUUCUUUUGGCCAAACACAACAUUUUUACAUUAGCCCUUAUGAUUGUGAACCUCUUUAAUAUGUUUAUUACAUAUGGUGACACAUUCCUGCCAACCCCCAGCAGCUAUGAUGAACUUUACUAUGAGAUUAUCCGAAUGCACCAGAGCUUUGAUAAUCUGUAUUCCAUGGUCCUGAGGCUUUCUACCAAUGCUGGUCAGUGGAAGGAAGCAGCUAGCAAGGUGACCCAUGCAUUGGUUAAUAUCAGAGCCAUCAUCAACCACUUUAACCCCAAAAUUGAGUCCUACGCUGCUGUGAAUCACAUAUCCCAGCUGUCUGAGGAGCAGGUGCUGGAGGUGGUGAGAGCCAACUAUGACACGCUCACACUGAAGCUGCAGGAUGGCCUAGACCAAUAUGAGCGCUACUCAGAGCAACACAAGGAAGCGGCCUUCUUCAAAGAGCUGGUUCGAUCCAUUAGCACCAACGUCCGGAGAAACCUGGCCUUCCACACACUCAGCCAGGAAGUCCUGCUCAAGGAGUUCUCCACUAUCUCCUGAGGCCACGCCCACCUGAGUAGCCACUGACUGCCCUUAACCAUGAGGCUCCUAGGGGAUCAAGGGGAGAGGGAGCUGCCCCAAGGUUGGAGAGAAACACAGAUACUGAGUUCUCUUCUCUCUUCGUGAAGGCCAUGCUUCAGUGGAGCUUGGGUAGCCAGGGCAAGCCAGGGAUGAUUAUAUUUGGGGAAGAAUGGGUGGGCACAGGGUGAGGCCUCCAGGGAUGUGGGGACUUCCAGAGUGGACUCCCUGGAUAGCCUUUCACAUUUCCAAUUGAGAUUAUAAAUUGUAGCUACUGACUAAUGUUUAGGAACUGACGGGGCAAGCUCCAGGGUGACACCAAUACCUUGAAGGUCAGUGGCUGUCCUUGGCUUCUGAAAAUGGAUGAACUCUCAGCCCCAUCCUGCUUCUUUUGGGCCUGGAGCUGUACUAGGCUUGAAAUCUGUGCCGCCUGCCCCACUGGUACUCUGUCCAGUCAUUAGGACCCUUAGCUUAGGCUUAGGGCAGAGUAGGAAUGGGGUACCUUUUUUCUAUUUUCCAAAUUCAGAGUUGACUCCUCUGGGAAACUGGAGAUUAGAAUUUGCCCAGUGCUCUGCUGUCCAGCCACCACUUUCUGGAUUUUAGUUCUGGUACUACGAGUAUCUAUUAGCUUUUGCCUUCUUUCAACCCAUUGAUUCAUUAGCACAAUAGGAUCAUUACCUUAGCUUUUCACUUUUAUUCUGGUUUAAAUUGUCUUUAGGGUGUGUGUGAAAUAAACAUUGACAGGUUUCUGCAGCUGUUAAGGUACCUGUUUUGCUGGUUCCCUUUCCAGCAGCUCCCCUGUGUCCCUGCCACCCACUCCUAGGAGCCUUUCCUGCCUCUGCUGAGCUCCCCUCCACGUUCUACCCCCUCACCCUGCUGCUGUUUACAUCCAGCCACCCUGAUAAUUUCCUCUGGGGAAGAUUCUAUUCCUGCUGUGGUCUGGUGCUUGGGAGGGAGAGAACCUGCUGGGGACAGGGUGCCCUCCUUCUGAAAGAGCCCAGGUGAGCAUCAUGCCAUUCUGUCCAUUCACAUUCUGGAUGGGAGCAGAGGUAAAUCUCCUGCCCUCUGGGAAGUUAGCCUGUGGUUCCUCCUUUGGAAAGCCUCUAUUAGACCACCUAGGCUUUCCUUACCCUGUGGCUUCCCCUGAAAUAGCUGCUACUUUGAAAUCCUCCCUUUCUCUAAAGUACUUUCUAAAGCCCUCAGGAUGGUGGAAAGUAAGCAGCACUGGAAGAAUCUGGGAGUACAGGAAGCCAGCAGUGAAAGCAGGUUUGCAAUCUUCCUGGCCACCAUCCAUUUAACCUCCUAUCUCUUUUAGAUACCUUCCUUCCCUGGGAAUCAGAGUUUUGACUCCAACAUUGAGCAGAUAUGCACUAGUUCCAGAGAAUCCACUCACAGGCUGCCAUGUAUGGCUGUAGUUUCUAAGAGAUCACAGGCUGGGUCAUUUCUUAUCCCUAGGUGGAUAACACAGCCUGGGGCAUUUAGUGUUUUCCAUUGUGAUAAACCCCAGGGCACCUGGAUUUGGAGCUGGUGACAAGUCAAAGUUAUUAAAAAUUAAUGUGUGUGGG